AUGAUUAAGAAAUUGUCGGAUAUUAAUCCAGACUUGGCAGAGAGUGGGCCGAUGCUUAUCGAGUUUGUGCAGGCGAUGCUCGCUAAUGGAAAACAUCAAAACCAUGUCAGAACACAACUGGAAGAAAUACUGACUGCUGAGGAAGCAUCUGCAUUUUCCAUCUGGCUGUUUGAAUAUCUUGGUCAGAGUGUUGCAGUUGAGCAGACUGGUCGAGUUACGUUUGAUAUGGACGUAGAUUCAGACGAUACGAUUACUGCUUCAAAUCAAACAUCUGCUGUAUCGACCAAAUCAACUACUUCUGCAAGAUUCCCGACUUCUUCUAGAUUACUGAGUAUGGCUUUUAAACAGGCCACAGCUUCUACUCAACCGUCUGCUGUUCAAUCUCAUGCCAACAAGAGUCCGCUUUCAAAUUCUACUAAAAUGGACGCUAGGCAUUCUUUCGAGUCUGUAGAUAAUCACUUUGAUCAAAUAGAGCAUCAAAAACUAAAUCAGACAAGAUUGGGUUCUAAGCGAUCUAGUCAUACCAAGUCAGAUGUAUUGUCUAGACUUGGCAGUCUUGACAGAGCUCAUAAAUCCAAUCCCAAAAAAGAGUUGCGUUCGGAUCGUGUAGCUCAUAGAGCAAGCGAGUAUUUAAAUGCAAUCACUGGUUCAGGCUGCAACAAAAAGGUUGGCAUUUCAAAGUUGGAUAUUCAAUCUCGAUUGGGUAAAGACAAGACUGAAUCCAACAUACAGCAAGCAGAGUUCAAAGUCAACAAAAUUAUUUGGGAUCUUCCCAAUGAAAACAAGUCGAACAGUUCUGAUAUGGUUGCUGAUUCGAGUGAUAUGGAUCGUGAUAAUAAUCAGUUCGACAAGCGUUCCCACACACAAUCAUUUUACAAUUCCAGAGACAACAUGAAUAACAAAUCUGCUAGCUUGAUGCAGGCUACACACGAAAAUCACUAUAUGUUAUCGGCAGAUCGAAGUCGAGUAGUUCCGAUAGCUCAACGUAAAUCCGUGCCGUUUGCGCUUGCUGACGCGGCCAACACGAGAUGCAAAUACUUUCCUACUUGUGGGCGUGGUGAUACGUGUGCAUACUUUCAUCCUACUCAACCGUGUGUAUGGUAUCCCAAUUGUCCAGAUGGACCUAAUUGCAUGUUUCUUCAUCCAGCUGCAUCCACAAUUGACUCUGCAUUGAGGGAAGGGCUAUCCAUAGCCAGAUCAGGAUCCAUAUCAUCCACAGACAAUGAGAUGAUUGCUAAUCCUCAUAUGUGCAGGUUUCAAGACAAAUGUCUGCGUCCAAACUGUCGUUUAGCCCAUCCAAGUCCAGCCAGUAUCGCUGCGACUAAAACUCAAUGUAGAAACUAUCCUGAUUGCGCGGAUCCCUUUUGUUUGUUUUAUCAUCCCAUCGAGCCAGAUUUGGAUGCUUCGCUUGUUUAUGGCGGCGAAGGCAUUGAAUCUAGAUCUGGACGAACUGUGUUAUCAUCAUCGGUACCAGCUUUUGGUCGUAAGCGAUCUAUAGUGGCAGAUGGAAGUCAUCUACCUCAUCCUACAGGUGACACUGCAACCACCACAGCUGCAUUAAAAGAUUCCAUACCUGGUGUUUACACCAACAACGGAAAUAAUUUGACCCGUACGUCUUUGGGACCAAAUGGAGUUUCAAAAUCUAUGCAACCAUCAACUAAACUAUGCUGGAAUGGCAUAAAUUGCUUGAAUCGAUCGUGUCGAUAUUCUCAUACUGGUCCAGUCUUGCUUGGAUGUAAAAAUGUUUGGAGACGGCCAGGUUUAGAAACGACCACAUCUGCAGUGGCUAAACCUGCCAUCAGCCAACGGCAGUUUGCAUUAGCAGAUGCAGAGACGGAGCGUGUAGUGAUUGGAUCAGAUGUUUGA